GUACCGACCCUCCCCGUGUGAGUGGCUAUAUAUAUUCCUGCACACACCGGCUGCCGCAGACGAUACCACCGAGCAGACGUGACUUACACGAGCAGCCGUCAAGGUUAUAUUCCAGUGUUACUGCUCAGCGAUUGUUUGACCACUGUCCCUACCAUUCGACAUAAUGGCGUUUUCUGAGCACCUUGUACCCAUGAGGAGGGAAUCGUGGAGCUUUUUCGACAAACAGCGGUCAAUCUUCAGCUCCACACACAAAGACAUGGACGAUGAAUGGAAGGCGUUUGAUGUGGAACUGGAUAAAAUUAAGAAUGACAUGUUUAAACUGACCCCUAUGGACAUGGGCGACUUCGGUUCCAGUCUGAUGCCGAGUCUCGGGUCUGGUUUUGAUACGUCUCUUGAUUCUUCUUCCUCGUCUUCCUCCAAGGUGACAAAGAAGACAACUACGACGACAACGAAGACAACCAAAAUGUCGUCUUCCAAGGGAGGUGCUGACCCCAUGUCGUCGUUGGAAUCCAGUUUCGGUUCAUCAUUGAACACUAGUUUCGGAACAUCUAUGGAUUCUAAGGUCGACGCUGCCCUGAAGGACGCCGGUUUCGGGUCUGGGUUUGGUAGCACUGCCCUCGACACGUCGACCAGGAGCUCCUCCGCUCUCGACAGAUACAUGCUAAAGGUCGACCAGCCUUUCGUCACCGACAUGGACGGCAAGAAGAAGUUGUCCCUCAAGUUCGACAUGAGCGAGUUCAAGCCGGAGGAGAUCUCCUUGAAGACUGUGGACAAUCGUCUGAUGAUCGGAGCAAAGCAUCUCGAGGAGACUGCCACCAGCAAGAUUUACAGAGAGUUCAGUAAGCAGUACGUACUUCCGGUCAAGAUUGACCCUAUCUCCCUCUCCUCCAUCUUGUCCAAGGACGGAGUAUUAAGCAUAGAGGCCCCCGCCCCCGACAGCGUGGAGGCCCCCCGGGAGAAGAUCCUGCCCAUCCAGCGCUUGUUGUAAGAAGACUGUUGUUACUGUUGUUGUUGUUGUGAGAAGACAUCUUUCCAAGAGAUAUGUGAACUGUUUUUGAAACAUUUUUGUGCACAAUUUGUAAGUAUUACAUUUUUGUAGUCGGACUCAGAGUCCAACGUAGCGCGUGAAUGUUACAUGAAAUGAUUAACGUUUUGCUCAUGAGAAAUACAUGUGCUGUUUUGAGUCAGUGAAAAAGUAUUGAAACGUAAGAGAGAUUAAUUGUAAUAAUUUGAAGAAUAUGUUUACAACCGCCUCCCUGUUCCUCGAAAACAGACAGAUGUAACUGUUUAUUUCGACAUCACCCGGCAGGUUUCAACAAAGCCACGUCUCAGAAAUCUAACCAUAGCACGUACUAGUAUUCGCUCUAAUACGGAGUUCUAAUUUUAGAAGGAUUGUUGCUGAAAUAUAAUCAUUACAUAUAUGAUAUCGAAUAUAGAAUAUCUAAUUGUCUGAAAAAUAUCUUUGCCUCAAUACCCCCCAAGCAACACAAAACGACCCCUCCAACCACGUCCCCCCCCCAGGCACCCUAAUCUCCCCCCACCCCACACCACCUCCCCCUACCCGCCCCGCCCUUCCCCCAGGAAGUCGGUUGUCUGUAACACACGUCAGGUAACGUUUGUGUAGCUGUUGGCAGCUAUGGCCAAUUAAAGGAUAGCGAGUGUUCGAGCGCUAGACACAAAGGUUGUGCAAUGUUUACGUCUCUGAUAUAUGCUCAGGUAUAUUUUAAACACGCCAUUUCCAAACAGUGUUAAUUAAUGUAUAUAUUUAUUCAAAGAAAACAUAUUUCCAAAUAUUUUAAAACUGUUUGUCACUUUAAGUCACUAAUUUAAUUUCCGCAUCAUACGUGUGUACCAGAGCAUCCCUUGUCUCUGUGCCUGACGUCAGAUAGGUAUGGCGGAGCUUGCGACCCUAGAAGUUCUGUACUGUGAAUAUGUCCAUAGUAAGUUAUGUCAUGUUUACAUUGUGAAGAUGUUGACAGGUGGGCGUGGCUGUUGACAUUGAGAGAUUGAUUGACAGUUGUGGAUUUGUACAGUUUUUGCUACUUCCUUUGUUAAACAAUAAAUGUUCUUGUAAAACA